CUGAUAAGUGACUGACUGUCCGUAAUCUAGACUACCUAAGUAGUAAUACCUCCAGGCUAGCUCUGAUUUCUCUCCUUCAUCGACGUUGACAUUGUGUCUUACCGGCCUCCCCUCUCUUCUCGCCCCGACUACUCAGGCGCUAUCUCCAUAUUUUGUCUUAUUCGAAUCUCUCGGAAGCAUUGAUGUCCACCCAAGGCGGUCGGUGAACCUAAGGGAAUCUGUCCGCCAGGAAACGGAACAAAAAACCACAUGGAGGGAAUCGCGAUCAAUUCAUCAUUUUGAUAGCUCUACACGCUUGCCUGCUUGGGCAAUAGUCAUCGCAAAUGGCUCACAGCAAAAAUGGCCAGCCCGACGCUGGCCUGAGAAGUCUCAAUCAUUAUCACAACCAGCUUCCUCUUUGGCGUUACUGGCCACGACAGAAAUUGCUUCCAUUGAUUCGAUUCGAAACACCAUAUCUCGCCUGGUGCCAGGAGAAAAUUCGAACUCCGACCCUGGAUUCAUACUUCGCGUUCACGGCCAACCUAGGAACACACACCUUUUUCAUGGUUUUCCUCCCAAUUCUAUUCUGGUGCGGUUAUGCAAGCUUGGGACGUGGGAUGGUGCAUCUAUUGGCCUCCGGCGUCUUCUUUAGUGGCUUCAUCAAGGACCUCCUGUGCCUACCUCGGCCUUUAUCUCCACCCCUCCAGCGCAUAACGAUGUCCGGUUCUGCAGCGCUGGAGUAUGGAUUUCCUUCCACCCACUCUACGAAUGCUGUUUCGGUCGCAGUCUAUGUUCUCUCCCUCCUCAAUUCUCCGGACUGUACUCUUAGUCCUAGCAUGAACUUGGCACUUCAGGCUUUAACAUACGUCUAUGUCAGCUCCAUUGUUCUGGGUCGCCUGUACUGUGGGAUGCACGGAUUCUGCGACGUUAUCACGGGCUGCCUGUUAGGCGGGUUCCUUGCCUAUUUGCAGUACACAUAUGGGCCAACCAUCGACGAUUAUAUCCUUGCUGCUACAGGGAAAGGCAUCACACUAGUCAUUCUGCUGAUCUUAGCCCUGGUUCGCGUGCACCCAGAGCCUGCGGAUGACUGUCCAUGCUUCGAUGAUAGCGUGGCUUUUGCGGGAGUGACACUCGGUGCUCAAAUCGCUUACUGGCACUUGGCACGCUCGAAAAUGGGGUGGUAUGAAUUGGCAGCAGGCCCUGCGCCCAGAUUUGAAUUGGUGGAGACGACCAAGACUGCUCUUCGGCUGGUCCUGGGAAUCCUAUUACUCUUCGUUUGGCGGGCAGUGACAAAACCCUUCAUGCUUCGGAUUCUCCCACCUAUUUUCCGGGGUCUUGAAAAGCUAGGACUGAUCCUUCCUCGAAGGUUCUUCACCAAUGCUUCACAAUACUCCCGUGUUCCAGCGCAUCUAAAGGAUCAUGAAGUUCUCCCAAAUUUAUCCGAGAUCCCAUCGUUCCUCACCACGAUACGCCAUCCGAGACGACGGGCAAUAUCCGUUGGUCCUCAAUCAGAGGCCGAUGCUUAUGAAACAUUGGCAUAUCGUGAGAAGCGCAGACGGGAGAGUCUCUCUAAUGGCCAUAGGACUGCCCCUGCCACGGAGGUUGGUCAGGCUGGUUCCUCUGCCAGAGAGGCUCAGCCGCCGAAGCUCUCCAGACGACCAUCCAAGCUCAAUGAUUAUGAGCACAUGAUGGGCACGGGAGCUCCAGGUCUUGCGACGUCUCUUGACAAUUCUAGCAAAGCGGACUCAUCCACGGUCCCCUUUCCCGAUUUUGAUGCUGGAAUCGAGGCCGAUCAAGAAGAACUCUUCGCACAAAUCAAACCCCCGCGCGUACGCUAUGAUGUAGAGGUAGUCACAAAGCUGGUGGUGUAUUCUGGAAUUGCUUGGAUAGUUAUGGAGGGAGCUCCUCUCUUGUUCUCGCAAAUUGGCCUCGCGGCCUAUUAGCAUGAUGAUCACGGGUGUAGUCCCGUUUGGACAGUGUCUCCUGGUUCAGUCCAGCACGUCGGAUUAUACCCUUCCGCGAUGUAACAUAGCUGACAUUUUUGUUACUGUAUAUACAAGUUUAUGUUUCUCUUUUCCUUUAUUUGAGCUCUGCUAGCUUCACAUAUUGAUAAAGUAUCUUAGCUAGUUCGUCCACAAGAUUUCAAGAUAUUGUUCCGUACGAGGUCCUGGCCAUCGGGUGAUUCGCGAUGCGCCCUCGGCCAAGGCAUGCGAAGCACG